AUGAAAGGGGUAUUUGAAUCGCGUAGACACAAACCUAAAUAUGACAAAAUUUGGUAUGUUUCAUUUGUUUUAAAACAUUUAUCUUCUUUAUACCCCAAUGAAAAACUGUCUCUAAAGGAUUUAACGCACAAGGUCCUUAUGCUAAUUUUAUUAGUUUCAAGUCAACGAGGGCAAUCGAUACAUUACCUGGAUCUAUAGCAUCUUACCAUGGAGGAGGAUAAUUAUUUCUUUGACGCCGCGGAGCAUAUCAAGACCAGUACCCCCAGAGGCCCAUAUACCAGGAUUGACUUUGCUGCCUAUGAGCCAGACAGUACAAUUUGCCCUUUGUCUUGUUUGAAAGCAUACAUUAACAAGACCAAGGAUUUGUGUUAUAA